AUGAGGAGAGCCUUUGAGGCGACUGUGAGAACCAUUGCAAGUGAUGGAUCAGUCAAAUUGGUCAACUACGUCGCAAAGAUACGAUUCCGAGAUGGGGCGCCCAACAUUUCACACUACGCCAGUGAUGCACUUAUGUAUGAAGGGAGUGCACUCCUCUUGGAUGAAUUCAAGAAGAUCUUACCUGGAUGCCAAAGGCUGCGUGAGGUGUAUCUAAAGAAAGGCCAACUAAUGGAGAUUGUUCGACAUGCGGUAGUUGUCUGUGGUGAAAUUAACCUGCCUAGUGAGGUGUACUUCUUGGAAGUAGCAUUAGUGGGGCCAUAUGUUAAAUAUUCCAGCAAUGUCAACUUUAGGAUUAAAGAGAAUUGGGAAGGAGUUGACCCAGACAUUGCUAGGCUGAUGAAUGCUUUUAUGCAUUGGUCCUACGUCAAUUCCAAUGGGAAAAGUCUCAUCUGUGACUUGCAAGGUGUUGGGCCAAUGGAAAGCCCUUUUAGACAUUGGAGCCUUCUGUCUCUUGCACAAGUAGUGAUUUUCUUGAUUUAUGUUACCCUGAAUGGAGAAACUACCUAUUACCUGUCCCCAAGGCUAAAUUUAGUAGUUGUAACUCCUCCAUGA